AUGGCGCAGGAGCCAGCGCUAGCCGCCUCUGCGCCUCCCGGUUCUCAGGCCCUUCUGGACGUUCUGCUCCAGAACCUCUACGACUUUGGAGAGACAGAAGAUGAAGCAGAGCAGAAAAGGAUCAGAAAGAAAAGAGAGAAGAAAAGAGAUAUGGCUACCCCAGCAGCCUUGGUUGCAGAACCAGAUCUCCAACCUGGAUCUCUUGUCAGAGGCCAGAGGAAGAGUGCUUCCAGCUUCUUCCAGGAACUCCAGGAAGAGCUGCAGGGUGUUCCCGCCGUGACCCCUGGUGGCUUCCCUUCAGGACCUGUAGUUUCUAGUUCUGUAGUAGCCCCCUCUCCCCUGAGGAACGACAGGGAACCAGUAGAAGUGGUGGAAUUUCACAGCAGAAGUAGAAAAAGAAAACAGAAGCCCGAUCAAGACGAGAACACAAAGACCAAAACUAGUAUCCUCGAGAAAGAUGUGGAUGUACAAGAAUUUAACUUAGAAAAGGCUCGUUUGGAAGUGCACCGGUUUGGGAUCACAGGUUAUGGAAAAGGAAAGGAGAGAGUCCUGGAGCAGGGACGCGCCAUUAUGCUGGGCGCUAAGCCUCCCAAAAAUAGUUAUGUGAAUUACAAGGUUUUGCAGGAGCAAAUCAAAGAAAAAAAGUCUGCAAAGGAAAAAGUAAAGAGAAUGGCCCAGGACACAGAUAUUUUCAAGAAAAAGAAGAGGAAAGGACAGGAAGACAGGAAAUCCAAAAAGAAGAAAUCGGCUCCCAGUAUUUUGUCAAGUGGACGGAUUGGACAGGUUGGAAAAUUCAAAAAUGGGACACUGAUUCUGAGCCAAGUUGAUAUCAAAACAAUAAAUUCUUCCAGAGCGGCUAAAUGA